AUGCAGCAGCCAUAUGCCGACCUCUCGGCCGCCUACGAAACCAAUCCCUAUCCGCCGCCAGCAUCCUACCACCUCCCUCCCCAUCACAAUCCCCAUCCCGAUGCCGACCCCGACCCUGGACAUGGACAGCCGAAUCAACACGCCCUCGCGACUCCUCAACCUCAACCUCAACCUCAACCCCAACCCCAACCUUCAUCCCACACUUCGACGCCAACCAAGCGCAAGUCUCCACCUCAUGCCACGGGAAACAAGGCGAGUAAAAAGGUCAAGCGCGUGGGUCCCCGAGAGGUCAAAGUCAAGAAUGAAGGGCCCAACAAUGGCGGCGGCGGCGACGACAAGGACGAUGCCGCCGCCAACAAGCCCAAGCGUGUGCGGACCGGCUGUCUGACGUGUCGGGAGCGGCAUUUGAAAUGUGACGAGGCCAUGCCGCACUGCAACAAUUGUCGCAAGAGCAAUCGCGACUGCAAGCGGGGCGUGCGCCUCAACUUUAUCGAUACGUGGGAGCAUAAACCGCCGACGUUGGUGACGGCGUGGGGAACGCAGGAGUGGAAGGUCGAAUUCUUGGAUGAGUCGAGAGACAUUGCGAGUGAAUAUUGCGGGGGAGAGUCGCGAUAUAAGCCAUUGGUGGUGGUGGAGAAGCGGCGGAAUCAGAAUCAGAAUCCGAAUCCGAAUCACCUCCAACAUUAUCCCUCCAUGGACUCGGCGAACAGUCAUCAUCCUCCCCUCGACUCGGCCAUUGCUUUGGACUAUCCCAUGCAGCAACAUCCAUCCCAUCCAUCUCAUCAAUCCCAUCAAACCCAACAACCCCACCAACCACAAAUGGUCCAGCCACUACUGCCUCCCAUCAUGUCCGACUACAAUCCCUCCCCCAUGACCCAACACCAACCCCAGAUGAACAACAUGUUGGAGCAGCAGCAACACAAACCAGAAGUCACCAAUCCCUACCAGCCCGCUCCCACACCGCAUUCUGCUUCCUCUCAGCAUUCGCACUUCCCCGAGCCUCCCCCCCCCAACCCCAACUCCAUCACAUCCAACCCUCACAAUGCCAUGCCGCGGGGAAACACUUCCAUCUCUUCCUUCUCCAACAUCAACAUCGACGCCGACAUGCUCGAGCAUGAGCAGGCCAAAAAGGACGUCCUCUCCAGUCAAGAGGAGACCCUCUUCAUCCAAGUCUUUGUGGAAGAGGUUGGGGUCUGGAUGGACAGCAUGGACCCUCAUAAACACUUCUCCCGCCUCUUGCCCUUCCAUUCCCUCUCCGAACCCAUGCUCUUGAAUGCCUUUCUCGCCUGUGGAGCUCGCCAUCUGACGCUGGUCAACCCAAUCUAUGACGAAACCAAGGCUUUGGACUAUUAUGACACGGCGACACGAUAUCUGCUACGGAACUUGACCAACCCCGCGCGAGAUACCGUCAUUUGUGCCACCACCGCCGUGAUUCUCAACGUCUACGAAAUCAUGAGUGAAAGAGCCCUCCAACGGAUGAAUCACAUCGCCGGUGCACGCGCGCUCAUCAAGGAAUGUGGGUGGAAUGCCCGUGCUCAGGGGAUCGGAGCCGCUUGCUUCUGGCUGAAUGUCGGUCUGGAGGUGCUCAGCUGUCUGCACUUUAACUGGCAGGUCGCCUGGGAUCCCGACGAUUGGGGUGUGGAUAUCGACGACUACACGAGGGAGAUUCACAAUGGGAGGGAGGAGGUUUGGACGCAUCGCAUGUUGUAUAUUGUCGCCAAGGUGUGCAACUUUCGAGCCACGGUUCCCAGGACUACUGGUGGUGGUGGAGGGGGAGGAAUGAAUCAUCGAGACGAGCAGAUCCGCUUGCAGCAGAGGCAUGAAGAAUGGACGCGAUUGAAGGGCAUGUGUGAUGCGUGGAACCAAGGCAUCCCGAGGACCAUGCAUCCCAUGGCUCACCUCCACCCGUUUCAGACCACCUCCAAGAGUGCAUUCCCGGAGAUUUGGUUGGUCAASCGGACCACCAUUGUAGCGAGAUUGUUCUUUCACACCGCCAUGUUGUUGAUGGCGCAGAUUCAUCCUUAUUGGAGUGUGCGAGAGAAUGCGGAAAUGGCCGAGAUGCAAGAGCUGCAUAGUAAGACCAUUUGUGGGAUUGUGGCCCACGUCAAGGAUCGAGGCGUCGCGAGUGUUGCAAUCCGAUCCCUCCAUCACGCGGCCGAGUGUCUGACCAGCAGGAUUGAACAGGAAGAAGUCAUCAGCAUCUUCGAACGCAUCAACAAGGAGACGGGAUGGAGGAUUGGAUUUGUGUAUAAAGAAUUAAAGGAGAAGUGGGGGUGGAAUGAAGAACCCAGUCCCGAUCAAGUCGCCCAGACACACGCUGCGCAAGAGAGGGAAAGACAAGCGAGUGUCGCCAGUCAACAAUUUCUUGAGCAGCAACAAAGACAACAGAGUCUUUCCCAAAUGUCCGGAGCGUGGGUUACCAAUGGGUCGGGAAUGCUUCAACAGCAGAUGUCCCCCACCAUAUCGAAUGGUUUUCAACAACAACAUCAUCAACAGCAAAGGCAAAGCUCUCACACCCCUCGCCAACCGACAUCCCAACACGCGACACCGACUCCUGUACCCGCAGCAGCCUCUGCUCCAUCGAAGAAAACGAGCGGGUUGCCUGCGGGGAUUCCGAAUCCCAUGUAUGCAAAGGCCGACUUCAACCUCCCGCAGCAUCCUUAUCAAAACUUUUAUGUUCCCGCCGCCAACACUCCGGGGAUGGGUGGGCAGGGACAGCAAUUGAGCCAGUUGAAUGGUUAUGGAGGUGGUGGGUAUGGAGGAGGGGCACAACAGAACCCACAGCAACAACAACAACAGCAGCAGCAGCAGCAUCAACAUCAACAACAUCAACAAUCACAUCAUCAACAACAGCAAAACGGAAUGUUCUAUGCAAUGUGA